AGCACUGGCUUGGUAAUAUUGAGGUUUAUGGUUCUAAUCCCAUUAAAGAUUAAUCUUUUUUAAGCAUAAAAUAUUGUUUUGACCUAUGAUUUUGUUAGAUAUCACUCAGACAAGUCAAAAUUUCACGAAAAAAAUAUUUUUCUUACUAAAUUAAAAAGAAAAAGCAUAGAUUUAACAGAAAAAACACGGUGGCCAUGCUUGACAAUCUUUUCUCGACAGAUUACCCGUAGUAGGCAUUGCGUGAAUAUUCUCUAUUAUGAAAAUUUACCGCCGGGUGAUAUGUGGCACAACUAAAACGGACGAUAUAUCGUGAAACAAUCAACAUUUACGGAAACGAAAAGAUUGGUGGCUCGAAUUUCAGCAGAGACGAGCCAUUUUUGGGCGCAGAAAGGGCUUCCAAUAACGGAAUGUGUGAUAGCUAAAGCCUAACAGCUGAUUCACAUAUUUUCGACGUUUAUGAUUGCGCACGUGCUUAACACUGCAUCAACAAACUUUAAUUUGUGUUCUUCAAGACUUUAGCCGACCCAAACUUCGUGCUGAAAGACUGCAGAAAAUAGACUUCAAGAGGAAAUCGACCACAAGGAAUCCUCGCCAUCUAGAAUCUUCCCAGCACCCUUCUUCGGGUCUACAGGGAAAACCUUUCGUGCAAGAAUAUUACAGAAAUUAGAUUUCAAAAGAAGACCAUCGAGCCCUGGCAGCAGCCCAAACAUCCCGUCCUCGGACGUGAGUAUUUUUUAAUUCAUGUCUCAUUUUCGAAUACGUGUAUAGUCUUAAGCUUUUGAAACUGCAUAACGUGUAAAGCCCUCCAAAAAAUCCCUUCCAAACUCCGUCCUUAGUCUUAAGCUUUUGAAACUGUAUAACGUGUAAAGUCCUCCAAGACCCCAACACCUAAAAGCCCACCACUGAGAAGUAGGAAUUUGCGUUGGUUAGGGUGUUUUGCGAGUAAGAAUGGCACCGCGUCGUGCACUUACGGAAGAGGAAAAAGAAGAGAAGAAUAGAAAGUUGCGAGAAAAGAGAGCACAGCAGGAUCCGCAGGCGAAGGCAAAGAGAUUAGAAGAGAAUAGGGAAAGAGCGAAGUAUGUUCGUGAACAGAAAAAGAGACAGGUAGACCAAGAAGAGGCGAAUAAAGAAGAAGCAGAAAGAAAGAAGAAACUACGUCGUAGUCAAAGUACAGUAGAUAGAGAGGCGAGACUUGAAGUUGAAGCCGAAAAACAAAGGAAGCGCCGAGAAAAAGAAACAGAGAAUGCGAAGCAAGUCAGGCGAGAGCAGCAGUUGUUGCGGCAGAUGAUCCUUCGAGCCGAAGAAAAUGAAGAAGAAAGGAGGGCAAGGCAGGAACAAGACAAAGAACGGCAUCAAGUCCUGCGUGCUCAACAGACAGGAGAAGAAAGAAUUGGAGUAGCAAUAGAAGAUAGAUUGCGUCACCAACUGUAUCUCAAUGAAGAAUCCCAGGAAGAAGCUGAAGUGCGAAGGGAAUUAAAUAGAGAACAGACGGUAACUUACAGAGCAACUGAGAACGAAGAGGAAGCGGAAGAACGUCGAGAAGAUAGUCGAAUUCGUAUGGAACUUCUCCGUGAAGAAAGAGAGGAAAAUGAAGAGCUGAUGCGAGCCAUGGAUGCAUUUGAGCAUGCCGAAAUGAUCCCGAUUGAAACUGAAGAAGAACGGUCCCAUCGAGAAAAGAUAUUGGAAGAGCGCAACCGGGCCGGUGUUCCAAGGACUCAUCGCGCAGCUUGCAAAAAGAUUGAGUCUGAAGCCAACGUUCCAAUCCACUACUGUGGAGAAAUGAACUUGAUUUGCGAGGAAUGUGACGCCAAGCAUUUCAAAGCAGAAAGGCCGCAAGACAAGAAAUUUCAAAAAUGUUGCAAAAAGGGAAAAGUCAUUCUUCCACCUCCAAAAGAGUGCCCUGAACCUCUGGCAAAACUAUUGCAGAACGAUCAUCCCAAAGCAAAACACUUUAUGUCGAAAAUCCGCAACUAUAACAGCGCUCAUGCCUUUGCUUCGAUGGGAGCCAAAAUGAACUCACCUCCCGGUCGUGGACCAUACUGCUUCAGAAUCCAUGGCCAAGUGUAUCACAACACGGCUGCCGUUGGUACUACUGAUAAUCCAAAGUACGCCGAUCUCUACUUUAUGGAUGCGGCACAGGCCAGUAGUUACAGAGCGAAUGUUGAAGCGAAUGGAGGAUGCUGUAGGGAUCUGAUGGAAGAAUUGGACGAGAUGUUGCGAGAAAACAAUCCCUAUGCAGCCAUUUACAAGAAAAUGCGGCAAGUUCUGGAAGAAGAGUACCUUAAAGCCGAAGCUGAAAAUCGUCCUCAUCAGUUUGUGGGCAUGAUCAUCAGCAGUGAUCGGAAAAAUCUGGAUCAGAGACGCUACAACAGCCCAACGACGGAUGAUAUUGCCAUCAUUUUCAAGAGCGUCAACGGAGAGCCACCGGUAGACAGGGACAUUCGAGGCCAUCUAAUUAUUCCAAGCAGAGGCAGAAAAUUCAUCCAGAUCAAUCCCCAGAAACCAAUGUGCGAUCCAAUGACUUAUCCCUUGCUCUUCCCAAACGGUGAGGAUGGUUGGCAUUCAAAUAUGCCUUAUACCACCACUACACGGAGAGAGAGAGAGGAAGCUGCAGCCAUGGAUGUUGACGAAGGUGAAGAGCAGCAAGUUUUAGACGAAGAAGAAGAACCUGAUGCCGAAGAAGAAAUUGAAGGGGAUGAUGACAACGAUCCCCAUCGAUUGAACCGAGGCAGUGGAAAAAGGAAGAGAGUAACUCAGUGCGAAUUCUACAGCUAUCUCAUAUCCAUUCGCAAUUAUUUCAACCAAGUGUUGGCCGGAGGACCACUCACACAGCAAUGGAUAGUAGAUUCGUACGUGAAGAUUGAAGCCAAUCGUGUCAAGUACAUUAGGGAACAUCAAGCCGAGCUGCGAGUUGCCCAGUACGACGGACUCAUGGACUAUGUCGCUAAUCGCGCAGAGAGAGAAAAUAAGACGGUCGGCACAAUUCAUAUUCUCCCCUCCAGUUUCAUCGGCAGUCCAAGAGCCAUGAAGCAAGCGUACCAAGAUGCCAUGUCAAUUUGUAGCAAAUUUGGCAAACCGACCUACUUUCUGACGUUCACCUGUAACCCAAAGUGGAAGGAGAUAACGGCAAACAUCCCCAACUACCUCACGGCUUCCGAUCGGCCAGAUAUGGUAGCAAGAGUCUACAACCUAAAGAAGAACGAGUUGGUCCACGACAUUGACAGGCGCCAAGUUUUGGGCUUCGCUUUGGCGAGGAUUCAUGUGAUUGAAUUUCAGAAACGCGGUCUUCCCCACGCUCACUUGCUUCUUUGGGUUGACAAACGUGACGUCCCAACGACAGGGGAAGACAUUGACUUGACCAUCUGCGCAGAAAUACCAGACAAGAGAACCCAUCCUCGCCUCUAUGAAAUUGUCAUGUCCCACAUGAUUCAUGGACCUUGCGGAGCAAUCAACAAGAAUUCCCCCUGUAUGGACGGUGAAAAGUGCGCCAAAAAGUUUCCCAAGGCAUUCUGUGAAGAAACUAUGGUCAACGACAACGGCUACCCAACUUACAGGAGAAGAGACACCGGAGUGACGCAUCGUUUGAAAAGAGGGCAAUCAGACUUUGAAGUAGAUAACCGUUGGGUCGUCCCUUAUAACCCUUGGUUGUCACUCAAGUACGAUUCGCACAUUAACCUCGAAUACUGCGCAUCGAUCGUCUGCAUUAAGUACAUCUGCAAAUAUGUUUACAAGGGUUACGACUGCGUGCAAACGGACAACAAAGUAGGAACGUACCAAGAGCAGCAAGAGGCAGGACCUGAAGGCGAAGUACCGGCAGUUGUCUACGACGAAAUCACGAGCCAUUUGGAUGCCCGUUUUGUUAGUGCGCCUGAAGCCACCUGGCGAAUCUUAAAGUUCCCUCUCACUGAUCGUUCUCACUCCAUUAGCCGACUGGCUGUUCAUUUACCUGAAGGACAAUCCGUCUUUUUUCAACCGGGUAACGAAGAGCAAGCAGUCAUCAACGCCGCCACAAGAAACACUACUCUUACUGCCUAUUUCAAGUUGAACGAGCAACAAGAAGGCGCCAGGCAGUAUUUCUAUCGGGAAAUCCCCCAUCACUACCUGUUUGACAAGAAACUGCAAAAGUGGAAGCCCAGAAAGAAGAGAGCGAAAAUCAUCGGCCGGAUUUACACGGUGAGCGUCAAACAAGUUGAACGGUAUUGCCUUCGAAUGCUUCUUAUCAAUGUCAAGGGUGCAACAAGUUUCGAGCAUUUACGGACCGUCGACGACAUUGUCUAUCCCACAUUUAAAGCUGCAGCUAUUGCAUUGAAUUUGCUAGAGGACGACAGAGCUUGGGAAAAGACGUUGGAAGAAGCGGCCACUUUCCAAAUGCCUGUUCAGUUGAGGCAGCUCUUUGUCGACAUUUGUCUCUAUUGCAACCCGACCAACGCUCUGCAACUCUUUGAAAUCAAUCUUCCUCAUCUCAUGGAAGACUAUGUCCGAAUCGGUCAUGAAGAAGAAGUUGCAAAGAACUUGGCGUUAAAGUGGAUACAGGACAAGUUGCUUCUCAACAACCAACUGAUGGAAAAUUACUCUUUGCCAGUUCCCGAUUUUCAGCUCAUCAACCAGCUCAUCCAAGCUCAGAUUGCAUCCGACAACGAAGUAGACACGCAUGAAAAGCGAUUGUUGGGGCAAAUGAUGUUGGCAAAACUCAACGAAGGUCAACGAGCAGCCUUUGACCAAAUCAUGGCCUCUAUCCAAGACGCAAAUCAGCCACGACUAUUUUUCCUCGACGGCCCAGGCGGAACGGGCAAGACGUUCCUCUACAACACCCUCAUCACCGUUCUCCAAGGUCAAGGGAAAUCAGUCGUCGCAGUAGCUUCUACAGGCAUCGCUUCCACUCUGCUGAUCAAUGGUUCAACGUACCACUCAAAGUACAAGUUAUACCCUCCGAUAACUGAAACCACAAGAUCGAAAAUUGAAGAAAGCAGCUUCAGUGCCAAGAUAAUCAGAGAUGCAAGUCUAAACAUCUCUGACGAAGCCACGCUGAAGUUGAACUACGCUCUCGACGGAAUGAAUCAUCUCUUCCAAAUGGUGGCCAAGAACCGAGAUGAUCCGUACGGCAAUAAAGUGCUCCUGUUGGGUGGCGACUUUAGGCAGUGCUUACCAGUUGUUAGGCAUGGAAACCGGGUGAAAAUCGUCGAAUCUACCAUCAAAACCAACGAAACUUGGCCACUCUUCCGUCAACUUCGAUUGGUACAGAACAUGAGAACAACAGCUGGUAGUCAAGACUAUGCCGAUUGGCUUUUACAACUGGGAAACGGAUCUUUGCCUUCGAUACCGACCCUAAACGAUCCAGAGCUCAUUGAAAUUCCGCAAGAUUUUCUCCAGUUGCCGACACAUUUGAUUGACCACGUCUUUGGUCACCCGUCGCAACUCUUGAACCCAGAAGUGGCAGAAACAAUUUCUUCAAGAGCUAUUCUUUGCCCGAAAAAUAUUGAUUGUCUCCGCAUCAACAACACCAUCGUUUCAAAAAUGCCUGGUGCCAUCAAAGUCUACAAGAGUAUCGACACUAUCGAUUCGGAAGACCCCGGAGAAAUUGCAGACUACCCCGCGGAAGUUCUCAACACCUUUGAUGUCUCUGGCCUUCCUCCUCAUGCACUACAUCUCAAAGUUGGUGCCGUCGUCAUCCUCCUCAAGAACAUUGACACGCGCCAGGGACUCUGCAAUGGAACAAGGCUCAUCCUCAAAAACCUUACCGACAAUCUGAUUGUAGCAGAGAUCGCUUCUGGAAAAAACAAAGGCGAAUCCGUAUUCCUCCCACGGAUGUCCAUGUCACCCACCGACUCUGACUUGCCAUUCAAACUCAAAAGAUUGCAGUUCCCUGUACUUUUGGCCUUUGCCAUCACCAUCAACAAGUCGCAGGGACAGACUUUCGAUCGAGUUGGCAUCUAUCUCCCGGAACCCGUUUUCAGUCACGGUCAGCUCUACGUUGCAUUCUCUCGAGCAACUUCCAGGGAAGGUGUCAAGGUUGUCGUUAAGGAAACAGACUACCACGGGAAACUACUGAGAAAUCGUCCAGGCGCCACCGAAGAGGACAAACUUAGAGUAUUCACCAGGAACAUCGUCUACAGAGAAGUCUUGCUAUAAGCAAUCAUCCAGACGCCACAAAAAAAAUCAGAAAAUUCACCAGAAACAUCGCAUACAAAGAAGUCUUGCUAUAAGCAAUCACAGCCCAAGUGAAAGACUAAAUGACUAACUCUUUGUGAGGAAAUAACUUCCGCCUCGGUCUACGGACUCAAUAAGGAGCACGGGCAGGG